AAAACUCCCCCAAUUCCCAUCUAACGCAGCUCUCCCCACUCCCCUUUUCUUUCUUCUAGGGUUUCGCGACUGGCGCCGGUCUGCCCACCGCCGGAUCCACUCUUUUGAUCGUUCAUCAGCUGCGGAAAGGCUUCUGGCACCAAUCUCCCCGACGAUUUCGAGUAGGGUAUGGCGAUGGAAGUUACCCAGAUCCUCCUGAACGCACAGUCGGUGGAUGGUAGUGUCCGAAAACAUGCAGAAGAAAGCUUGAAACAGUUUCAAGAACAAAACCUUUCUGCAUUUUUGCUAUCACUUUCUAAUGAAUUGGUAAGCAAUGAGAAACCAGUUGAUAGCCGUAAGUUAGCAGGUUUGGUUCUUAAAAACGCUUUGGAUGCUAAAGAGCAGCACAGGAAAAGUGAGCUUGCCCAAAGAUGGCUAUCUUUAGAUAUAGCUGUCAAGGCUCAAGUCAAAGCAUGCUUGCUACAAACCCUUGCUUCCCCUGUUCCUGAUGCUAGGUCCACUGCAUCUCAAGUCAUUGCCAAGAUUGCAGGUAUCGAACUACCUCAGAAGCAGUGGCCUGAACUAAUAGGUUCGCUGCUGUCCAACAUACACCAGCUUCAGCCUCAUGUUAAGCAAGCCACACUAGAAACCCUUGGUUAUUUAUGUGAGGAAGUCUCCCCACAAGUUGUUGAUCAAGAUCAAGUGAACAAGAUACUUACUGCGGUUGUUCAGGGCAUGAAUGCUUCUGAGGGGAGUAGUGAUGUCAGACUGGCUGCCACACGAGCAUUGUAUAAUGCACUAGGAUUUGCACAAGCAAAUUUCUCGAAUGAUAUGGAGAGGGAUUAUAUCAUGAGAGUUGUUUGUGAAGCAACCUUAUCCCAAGAGGUAAAGAUACGGCAGUCUGCAUUUGAGUGCUUGGUAGCCAUCUCAUCUACCUACUAUGACAAGCUUGCAUCGUACAUGCAAGACAUUUUCACUAUCACAGCGAAAGCAGUGAGGGAAGAUGAUGAACCUGUUGCUCUUCAGGCCAUAGAGUUUUGGAGCUCAAUCUGCGAUGAGGAGAUUGACAUCUUAGAUGAAUAUGGAGGUGACUUUACUGCUGAUUCGGACAUCCCUUGCUAUUACUUCAUCAAGCAAGCUCUACCUGCUUUAGUUCCAAUGCUCCUGGAGACACUUCUCAAGCAGGAGGAGGAUCAAGAUCAGGAUGAAGGAGCUUGGAAUCUUGCAAUGGCAGGUGGAACAUGCUUGGGACUCGUUGCACGAACAGUUGGAGAUGAUAUAGUUCCUCUUGUAAUGCCUUUCAUCGAGGAAAAUAUAACAAAACCAGAUUGGAGGCAAAGAGAAGCGGCAACUUAUGCAUUUGGAUCGAUUUUGGAGGGUCCAUCCCCCGACAAGCUCACACCUAUUGUCCAUGUUGCACUAAGCUUUAUGCUGACUGCAUUGAUGAAUGAUCCAAAUAACCAUGUAAAAGAUACUACUGCAUGGACACUUGGUAGAAUUUUUGAGUUUCUUCAUGGAUCCACUGUGGAAACACCUAUUAUCACACCCGAGAACUGCCAGCAGAUUCUCACUGUCCUGCUUCAGAGCAUGAAAGAUGUUCCAAAUGUUGCUGAAAAAGCUUGUGGUGCUUUGUACUUCCUAGCUCAAGGCUACGAGGAUGUUGGUGCAGCAUCUCCGUUGUCUCCUUUCUACCAGAACAUUAUACAGGCUCUUCUCACUGUUACACGCAGAGAGGAUGCUGGGGAAUCACGCUUAAGGACUGCAGCUUAUGAGACUCUGAAUGAAAUUGUGAGGUGUUCAACUGAUGAGACAGCUCCAAUUGUAAUGCAGUUGGUACCUGUCAUCAUGAUGGAGCUCCAUCAAACACUCGAAGCACAAAAGCUCUCAUCAGAUGAGAGGGAGAAGCAGAAUGAACUGCAGGGUCUUCUGUGUGGGUGCUUGCAGGUCAUUAUCCAGAAGUUAGGAGCAGCUGAGACAACAAAAUAUGGCUUUAUGCAAUAUACUGAUCAGAUAAUGGAUCUUUUUCUGAGGGUUUUUGCUUGCCGAAAUGCCACCGUGCAUGAGGAGGCUAUGCUUGCAAUUGGUGCUUUGGCAUAUGCCACCGGGACAAACUUUUUAAAAUACAUGCAAGGAUUUUAUCCAUAUCUGGAGAUGGGUCUUCAAAACUUCGAGGAGUAUCAGGUCUGUGCUAUAACAGUUGGUGUGGUGGGAGAUUUAUGCAGGGCAUUGGAGGACAAGAUUCUGCCUUUUUGUGAUGGAAUCAUGACACAGCUUCUCAAGGAUCUCUCUAGUAACCAAUUGCACAGAUCUGUCAAGCCCCCAAUAUUUUCAUGCUUUGGUGAUAUCGCCCUUGCGAUAGGAGAAAACUUUGAAAAGUACUUAAUCUAUGCCAUGCCUAUGCUACAGAGUGCUGCUGAGCUGUCUGCACAUGCUGUGGCAGAUGAUGAUGACAUCCUUGAGUACACCAACCAACUAAGAAAUGGGAUUCUGGAGGCAUACUCUGGGAUAUUACAAGGAUUUAAAAGUUCCCCCAAGACCCAGCUGCUGAUGCCUUAUGCAUACCACAUCCUUCAGUUCAUCGAUACAUUGUACAGUGAGAAGGACAUGGAUGAUGCGGUGAUGAAGACUGCAAUUGGUGUACUAGGAGACUUGGCUGAUACCUUGGGCAGUCAUGUUGGUCCUUUGAUCAAUCAAUCUGUAUCAAGUAAAGGCUUUUUGGAAGAAUGCUUGUCAUCAGACGACGGAUUGAUCAAAGAGUCUGCUGAUUGGGCUAAAUUAGCCAUCAGCCGUGCAGUUUCUGGUUGAUGAUGAUUCUUGAUUAAUUUAGAGGUCUGCAUGCAUUGGGGUCAUGUCAAGUCUGGUCUGCAAUUGCAUUCAUGUGUAGGUCAUCACCAGUUUGCACAAAGGAUUUCAUUUUGGGCGGAGUCACCGAGGGUCAUUGUGAAGUUUUUCCACAAGCACCAUGGAGAAGGGUUCACCUCCUUAUUUCCUUGGAGAAGCUAGAGGGGGCACCUCUGGCUGAUGCUUCUCUUCUAAAAAGAAUCUGGAGAGGGCUGUGUUCCAAGGGCCAUGCACCCGAAGUCCCUUUCGCAUGAUUGCCUGUCAUUGGUCUCCCUGGUGGUUCGUUGCAUUAUACCGAUGAGGUUACUCUAACGCCAUUCUUUUUUGGGCUUCUCUUUGGUGUCUUGAGUCGACAAUACCUGAAAUCAACACUCACCUUUGCCUCAGUAUCUUUCAGGUUGAUGCUCUCGAUUAUGGUCAAUGUACCCUCGGCACUCCACAAUCCUUAUAUUCAUAAUGUUUUGGAUAUUUCUUUGGAAGUUCUGUUCAUGGUCUUGCAUUGUUUUGAGUUUGCAUUUCAUCUUCCUCCUCUUGUAUGUACACUUAUGUGGAAUCUACACAUGGUUUUCUUCUCA